ACUAAUCGUGGACUACUGUUUUAAGUACAACACUGAGGUAAUACAUUGAAGUUUAUAACUUGCUCUUUACGUUUGUUUUAUGCAACAUUCCGUAAUGGGCAUUGCCGCAUUGGCACAACAAAGGUCAGAUUCCAAACGACAGCAAGAUUUAGUUUCUAAACUGCACAAAUGGAGCAGCGAGAAUUUGACCUUUUUGCCGACAUCGGCUAACCUGGAUUCGGUUCUGGAAUUAUUUGACACGCAAGAGCAUUUCCGCUCGCUGAAAUCUGAAAUGGUAGCGGAUGUCGAUAGACACGAGCAGGCAGUCCAAGCACUUAGAGACGCCAACAAGAGGGUGCAGUCACUGUCGCAAUUGCUGAACACUAUCCGGGAUGAAAUACCGGCAUCCAGCCCAAAGAAUAUACCGUAUCCUAAGAAAGCUUUUAGCGAUAAUGACUCAUUCGGUGAUGUAGGUCUAAAUGCUCUAAAAAGGACUGACCACUCAUUACAAGUGAAAGUUUUGGAAUCUCUUCUGGAAAAGGCCGUUCUUAAUUAAGUUUUGCGAGUACAUACAUAGUGAAAGUGGUGUCGGCUGUAAUACAAGUGUUGGUGAAGCAAACGCGCGGUAUAAAGUGCAGAACAACUGCGGUAGGAGUUGUUAUUUGUGCAAAAGUGACCAGCCUGGAUACCCGUGGACACUGGAUAGUAUCUUGGCGGAUUCUUGAAGCCACUGCGUAACAUGCAAUA